AUGACAGUCGAGUCUUCAAAGCCGAGCUUCUCGCUUGUCGACCACAACUGUCGCCCUGUCCACGAAACGGAUUUCCGCGGCAACCACACUCUGAUUUUCUUUGGCUUCACCCACUGUGCAGUAGUGUGCCCCAGGGCGCUUGAGCGAUUGACUGAGAUUCUCAGCCGUCUUGGAACAGCUGCAAAUCGAUUCAAUGCUCUUUACAUUUCAGUCGACCCGGAGCGUGACACCCCCGAGGUCAUGAAGACCUUUCUGUCCAGCCGUGCACCGUAUUUCACCGGUCUAACGGGAACCAAGGGGCAAGUCGACUCGGCUCGAAAGGCUUUCCGGGUCUUUGCUCAACGGAAAAAUGAUGACAGCGUACCCGAAGGUUAUACCAUUCCUCAUACAGCUAUUACAUACAUACUCGGCCCUGAUGGCCGUCUCGUGGACCAUCUCAACGAUAGUCUCGACAUAGAAGAGGCAGCCAUGCGUUUGCACAAAGUCUUGGCGCUGGAUUCCAACGGAGGAGCGACGAGUGCACCUGCGCCGCAUUGCCUCAGCCCUGGCUCGAGCAUCGUCGGGCAGGAAAGUCUGGCGUUACUGGAUAAGAAGCAGGCUGCUAGUAUCAGACACAUCGGCAAUCUAGCCAGGCAACUCAAGGGUGACUGGUCCAACAUGAUGGGUCCCACCGAUCUCAAUGACGGAUUCGGUGCCUACCGUUUCCAGAUUGCGUACGGCGCAUAUACGCUGGCUUUGGCGCAUUUCCACCGUCUCCCAGCCGCUCCCGGAGUGUUCAAACCCACCCUAGAACGCAUGAUCGAAAAGAUGUGUCACCCUGAUGUCUGGUACUACUGGCGUGACGCUAGCACAGGCGGUGGUGUAGGCAACACACCCAGGAAAGAACCGGACGCGAACCCGAUUGAGAAAGACAACAUUAUGUACAGCUCGUACUUGCAGACUAUGACGCUGCUAUAUAAUAGCCUUUUUGAUGAUGACCGCUAUACAAAACCCGGCUCACUGACAUUGGAAUACGACCCGUUCUUUUGGGGAGAUGCCGGUGGUUUUCGAUUCGAGUAUGACCAAAACUCUCUCAACGACCGAGUGUACUGGAAUAUGGUCGAGAGCGGAUAUCUCGGCGUCGCUUGUGAACCUUACUGUGUGUUCCAGAUUUGCAACCAACCUCCCAUCAUCGGGUUUCGCCUGAACGAUGAGUUACACGGUGGCAAGACCGCCGAAGAGGUCACUACAGGCUAUGUGAAAGCGUGGAAGGAAUUUGGAGGCAGUCUCGACGCUGAAGGGGGCUAUCAGUUUUUUGUGGGCACCCACAACAAUAUGGUGGUCCCGAGCCCUGGGACUGGCAUGGAUGCGUGGUGCGCUCUUUUAAUGCACUCGUGGAACCCUGACUUCGUGAAAGAAAACUACGACACUCAGCGGCAAAGGUCGUUAAUUCACCACGAAGACGGAACGCUGUCGGUGAAAGUCAACUUAGUCGAAGGAAUGUCGAAGAACACCACCGGACUCUUAAAGAGCGGAGAGUUUGGCUGGAUGAUCGCCUUGGCCGCUGAGGUCGGUGAUACGGAUACCCUGAACCGGUUGCUGGCCUACGCGGACAAACACUUCUCGCCUCGUUAUCAGAACGGUGGCCUCACCUACCCACGAAGGGAUGACAUGUACGAUGACGACGGCUACUAUGUGAUGAGCACCCCCAUGCAGUCGAACGCGCUCUUCCCUCUCGCUCGGUUGAACGUGUCGGGUGGAUUUGAAAGGCUUUACAAACAACCAUGGGGCCCGAAGAAUCGUGAACAUUACGACGAACCGGCGCUCACCGAGAUUGACUUCAGUAUCGAUGUCUACCGUGCAGUGUAUAUCCCAACUCAGCGUGCUCUACUCUUUGAUGUUGCGGCAUUUGAGGAGGGGGCGAGAGGCGUAGUGGGUUUAGCUCGAGUGUUUGGCAGGGGGAACUGGACUCUCAAACGUGAUGGAUCCCGAAUUGCUUGGGGGAGUAGCACGGGGCUUUCUGGCUCUGAACCACUGGCAGAAAUCAAGCAAGACGGGGAAGUGCUGUUACUAUCUCACUCAGAGACCAGAGUUACCUCAUUCGUUAUUGAGUGGGCUUAA